AUGCCUUGCAUCCAGAUUCACGAGUCCAAGCCCACUCACCUUGCUCGACCGAGUCAGACUGGUAUUAUCAUCUCGACGGAAAGAAGUGUCUGCAAUCGUCCCACUCUUUCUUCCACCCGAAUUUCAGGAGCAAAGCUGAAGAGCUUUCUAAAUAUUCCAGAGCAUCAAGAUCUCACUCUGCUACGGUGCACACCGGAAACCCUCUUACGCACCGAUAAGAACCUGGCACCACUGGAGCAUAUUGGCAAGUCGGCCGUUCAUGACUAUACGGAUCAGCAGCCUGUCAACAUCAAUAACCUGGCGUCCGUCCCUGCGGUAUCAGCACUUUUACUUAAAGAAAAUCGACCACUCAACGCACUUCGGUUCCGCGCAAAUAUCUGGAUUACGGCUGCUGGUGCGUUUGAUGAAGAGACUUGGAAACGCUACCGCAUCUUGCCAAUGGAAAAAGAUGCAGAACAUGUGCCUCCCACGCUUUAUGUGGUUUGCCGAACCUCCCGCUGCACAAUGCCGAACGUGAACCUUAUCUCGGGCAAGUUCGAUACAGACGCCCCGGGACCAGACAAGAAGAGAGGUAGGGCGCAGCCUAGUACUACUAUGGUACAGCAUCGCACAGUUGAGGACGGGAAUCCGAAAGCCCUCGGAUACAUUGGUAUGCAUUGUGUGCCUGAAGAUGCCAAUAUCGCUGAGGCUGCGGAUUCGCCCAAGGGACUGUAUAUCCAUGUUGGUGAUGAAAUAGGGGUUCUUGAGAGAGGUUCGCAUUUCUAUGGAUCGACAGGUAAUGAUUAUUAG